AUGUCUGCUCCCGAAACUGUUUCAGACAUUGGGGAAAAUGUUCCAACCCUGGAUUAUUUGAAAGAGCUGCUAAACAAAGCAAUUGAACUGGAAGCUGCCGUGGAGGAAAAGCAACAAGAGCGACAAACUGCAUCGUCAAAACUAGACGCAGUAUGGGCUAACAUUCACCAAGCUAUCGUAAAAGAAGCUGAAUUGAAGCGCAAGCAUCGAUCGCAACAGGCAAACAACAAUGCCCAUCAGGUUCACGAACAUUCCAAAGAUGUGAAGGAAAAGUUUACCCAACAGUUCAACCAACUGCAACGAGUUAUGGGCAUUUCUAUCGUUUGCAUACCGGAACAGAAGCAAGUUGAGAUCACGUAUAACGAUGUCCACAAAACGAAAGUGACACUUUCAUACAGUGACAAAGAAAUAACGCUUGAUGCAAUGUAUCCCACACAUCCAAACGAAGACGCCAUACGGACACAUCUCCGCGAAACCGGCGACCUGGUGGGGUUUCUUUCGGUCCUGCGAAAAAAGCUAACGUUCAAAGACAUGUGA